CGUCAUGUGACCAGUAAUGAGGAAGUCCGCUCGGAGGGAAGAAUCAUGAGAAAGCUAUCUGUGUGACUUCGUGUAUUUUCUGUCUGACAUGAUGUUUCACACGGAGGCGUUUGUGUGUUUAAACUUGCUGCUGUUUCUUCAUGUCGGUGCUCAGUCCAGCCGGCAGUGGCCGGUUCCCUACAGACGGUUUGAUAGUCGCCCCGAUGUGGACUCAUACUGUGAAGCUCUCUACCCGUUCUGCCCCACCGGUGACCGGGACGGACGGAUUCCCGCCAUGUGGGACACAGAUGUCAUCUCAGUUUAUCGAAUGCAAACUCCUGUGUGGGAAUUCAAGUAUGGAGAUUUGCUGGGGAAAUAUCAUAUCAUGCAUGAUGCUAUCGGGUUCAGCAGUUCUAUUACGGGGGCCAACUACACUAUGGAGUGGUACGAGCUGUUUCAGCUGGGUAACUGCACCUUCCCUCACAUAAGACCGGAGAAGUACGCACCUUUCUGGUGCAACCAGGGAGCCGCCUGCUUCUUUGAAGGCAUCGAUGACAUACACUGGUCACAAAAUGGCACCUUGGAGAAAAUAGGAGAAAUCAGUGGGAGCCAGUUCAAUGAGAUGGCCCAGUGGGUCCAGGACGACAACGAGACUGGGAUCUACUAUGAGACGUGGACAGUGCUUUCCGACCCCAGUCCCAAUGCCACAGUGUGGUUCGAAUCUUAUGACUGCUCCCAGUUUGUCCACCGCACAUACAAGAAACUGACUGAGCUAGGAGCUGAACUGUCCAGCCGAUCGCAAACCAACUACACCAAGAUCUACUUGUACAGCGGAGAGCCCACCUACCUCGGCAAUGACAGCACCAUAUUUGGACAGCCUUCGCUGAAGAAUCUGGCGGUGGACAUCCGCGAAUUUUACCACACAUUCAGACCGCACCAGUCGUAUAUAGACUUUGCCAUCAGCCUGUUGGAGGCUUAUAAAAAGGUUGUGUUGGAGAAGAGCUUCUACCUUUACUAUAACUUUGAGUAUUGGCAUCUGCCAAUGAAGCCUCCGUAUAUGGGGAUUACAUAUGAAGAGGUGCCUUUGCCUUCGCCCAGAUCCAAGGUUGCAAUUAAUUGAUUCAUCUGGCGAUUUUCUCUUUUGAUUAUUUGAUUGUGCCUUUUUCAAAAGGUACUGAAAAUGUUCCCAGAGCCUGUUUCAUCCCAACUAACAGUUAGAAGCCAAAGAUAUUAACAAUAAAAAGUGAGGAAAAACAGGAAUAUUCCACAUUUGAGAAGUAGGAGCAAAUGUUCAUUCUUGACCCUUGAAACAGCAGCUGAGAAAACAAUCUCACAAAAAACCCCACGAGGUCCAUUUAGUAGCUGGUUUGCAGCUUUCAUACAGGCUGAGAACACAAGCUAUUGAAAAGCAUGAGAGGUGAUGUUUAUUAUUUCAGCAUCUGGACUGUGUUUUAUGCAUUUGAGGUUUUUAGCAUUGAUUUCCCAGAUUCUGUUUUUGCACUUUUUAUUUCAGUUGUAAGGACUAAAGAUACGUUGAAUUUAUGCAAACCUACAUGAAUGCAUGAUUGAAGCUGAAAGAUUAUGAAUUAAAUAACACACCAGGUCUGAUGUUAUGUUAUGAAUUAGGGCUGGGUAAUGUAUCGAUAUCAUGAAUGACAUAAGUGUUGUCUUUUCUUGGUUUUAAAGGCUGCAUUUAAGUAAAAUGAUGUAAUUUUCUGAACUUACCAGACUCUUCUAGCUGUUCUGUUUUUUGCCUUUAACCACUAAGUCAUUAUGUCCACAUUACUGAUGAUUAUUUAUCAAAAAUCUCUUUGUGUAAAUAUUUUGUGAAAGCACCAAUAGUCAUCUCCACAAUGCUGUCGCAAUAUUGAGGUAUUUGGUCAAAAAUAUUGUGAUAUUUGAUUUCGUCCAUAUCACCCAGCCCUAUGAUGAAUUCAGAUGUGUUCAGUGUAAAUGCAGAUGUUCAACUAUAGAUUUUGAUCUUUUCACCAGUUAAACAUCUUAACAACUUGA